CUUGACAUUAUUGAUAUUUGAAUAAGUUUUAUGAAAAUUUACUUAAUUUUGCAUAAUUUCAUUUUUUGUGCAAGAAAGGACUUAAUUAGAAGAAUUCAUAAUUGAAAGAUAUGAAAUAAUUUGCAAAGAAGGACAAAAAACUCGACACGGACUCUCCAGGACGGAUGUAGGAAAAGUAUUGGCACCUUGUUGAGGGUGUUGGCACCUUGCAACUCGUGCUGCACAUCUUUUAGCUCAUGCUUGACCUCUGCACCGUGUUCAAGUUCUGCACUUCGUGCUUGGCCUCUGCAGCUCGUGGCUGAGCUCGGCAGUAAGUGUUUGAGGUCUACACCUCGUGUUUAAGUUUUGCUUUUCGUGCUCGACCUCAGCAGCAAGUGUUUGAGCUUGACGGCUCGUGGUUGGCCUCGGCGGCUCAUGUUUGAGCUCUGCACUUUGUGCUCGACCUUUGUAGCUCAUGUUUGAGCUUUGCAGCUUGUGGUUGAGUUCAACAACUCAUGUUUGAACUUUGCACUUCGUGCUCGACAUCUAAAACUCAUGGCUGACCUUGGCUAUAAGUGUUUGAACUCUGCAGCUCGUGCCCAAGUUCUGCACUUCGUUCUCGACCUCAACAGCAAAUGUUUGAGCUCUAUAGCCCGUGGUUGACCUCGGCCCCUCAUGUUUGAGCUCUGCACUUCAUGCUCAACCUUUGAAGCUCAUGGCUGACCUCGGCUUGUUUGAGCUGUGCAACUCGUUCUCAAAUUCUACACUUCGUGCUGGACCUCUGCAGCUUGUGGCUGACCUCGGCAACAAGUGUUUUGAGAUCUGCAGCUCGUGCUCGAGUUAUGCACUUCAUGCUAGACCUCUGCAGCUCAUGGCUGACCUUGGCAGCAAGUGUUUUGAGAUCUGCAACUUGUGCUCGAGUUCUGCACUUCGUGCUGGACCUCUGCAGCUUGUGGCUGACCUCGGCAACAGGUGUUUGAGAUCUGCAGCUGGUGCUCAACCUCUACAGCUUGUGGUUGACCUCGGCAUCUCGCAGCUCAUGGUCAAGCAUUUCGCACAUCAGCAUUUCGUAGCUUGUGUUUCAGCAUAGAGCACCUCAGACUUCUACAAUUCGCAGCUUAGAUUUCUGCAAUUUGUAGCUCGUGCUCGAGCAAGAUGCAGCAGCUCGUGCUCAAGUAGGAUAUUUGCACCUCGUGCUCUAGCAAGGUGUUUCAGCUCGUGCUCGAGCAAGAUGUUGAUACCUGAUGUUGAAUUAAUAAAGAGAACUGAAGCUAUAAUGUUGAUACCUGAAGUUGAUCUCUAGCUUUUGCCAUCUCAAGGACUCUGUUGCCUUCAUUAUCUUUUGCAUGUAGUCAUACCUCAUGAUCUUCUAACUUUUUUGAUGCUUCAAAAAGGACUUUGAAAGCUCCAAAUUGACUGUUCUUCACUGCAAAGUGUAAAAUAGUUUCAUCAAGAGGAGUCACUUGUUGUAUGGCUUUUUGUUGAGGACACUUCGAUAGCAGCUCAUCUAUGAUAUGGACCUUCCCUUUGAUGGCUGAAGUUGAUCUGUGGCUUGCAGCUCGUCAUUGUCAAGCUUGAGUAAUGGAGCCUAGCCAUAGUCAGCCCGGCCGUAGCUGUUUA